UGACCUAUACUCAGGGGAGAUUUGGCGUCCUCCAGGCAAUAGAGUAAUAUAAUAUAUACGGGUACUCCAGGCUCCAUCCAAUCUCCAUAAUACUUGCUCUGUGGCGUCCUCUGCAAAAGUAGACGUUCUCAUUACUUUUAUUUUUAUAUAGGUAAUCGGCAUGUAUUUCUGAUAAAGUAGAUGGGAAAAUAAAGAGCACUCUGCACUGCUUAUUUUUAUUGUUGCACAAUUGGCCCUUGAUUUUAACAGGCGCGAUGUUUCUUAUUUAAAAGUUUGCAAGACCGACUUGCACCUAUGCAGAUCUAAGGUCUUACAAGUCUACAGUGUUUAUGCCGCCAACCUAUGAAUAUGAAGAGUAAUUAAAAAUAAAAUAAUAAGUUGUAUUUCUUUUGUAUAUAAUACUUCCAAUAUGGAAAACGUUCGAGCUUGUGUAAUGUGCUUAGAAAUGGAUGUAACCCUUUCUAAUUUGCGCUCUAAUUCACUGGAACGAUAUUAUAGAAUAUUGACGGGAACAGAUCCACUAACAUCCCUGGAGCUUCCUAUGUUCGCUUGCUAUGUGUGCAAAGCAAUGUUAGACAAGUUCUAUUCAUUUAGACAGAGGAGCCUGAGGGUUCAGGCUAUAUUGCAGGGGAUCUUACAGAGCAAUGGAAAGGUUUUAGAACAAGACAUUAGGCGGUUGGACAAAAAAUCCUACUGCCUAAAUUCGAAUUUAAGUAUUCAGAAUUUAGUGGAAAUUAAAAUUAUAAAUGAAGAUGAUGAAGAGACAAUCAAGGAGGAGUCAGAAGAAUUACUAGAUUGUGAUUUUUCCUUUCCAAUGAACGCUGACAAUGAUUGGCUGAGUGAUGACGAAACAUUAUCCAUGCAUAAGAGUGAGAAAAUGAAAAGGAAUUUGGAGGAAAUAGAGGUGAACAUGGAGGAAGUAAUAAAAGAGGAAAAUAUUGUGGAUGAGAAACCGCCCAAACCCUUGAAAACAAGGAAACCCAGAAAGGCACCGCAACCAAAAGUAGUGUCUCAACACAAAGACAUACUAAAAACGUUCACGAAUCACACCAACGGGUUCAUGGACAACAUCAAACUGGAAACAUAUGUUACGGUGGUCAAUUUGACGCAAGAGGAACAAUUGGAAGAAAUCCAAAAACGGCGAGAGACUCUCAAUUAUAAAAAUUCUGCAUUCAAAUGUGAGCUCUGUUUUAAAGGCUUUAUAGAUACACAGACAUGGCAACAUCAUAUGCAGAAACAUGAUAAGACAUCAGGCAGCCUGGAAUGUAACAUAUGCAAGAUUCGUUUUAAAUUGACAAGUGUUCUCAAUAAACAUCUUUCCAUACAUGCGAAGAGGUUUAUGUGCAAAUACUGCCCAUAUGUAUCUAAACACGUGACUCAAGCCAAGCAACACCUUUGCUGGCACCAAGGCGUUAUGUACAAGUGUCCAUACUGUGAGGAGAUGUCGUCAAAAUGGACGUCGUACCUAUCGCACGUGCGCAUCAAGCACCCGUCGGACUACAUUUGCGGCUUCUGCGGCUAUUCGUUUGUUUCGCAGAUCGGACUCAACAUGCACAGGUCCAUGAUGCACAAAGGUUUGAAGAUGCCGGCCAGUAAUGUGGAUGACAAAGAAGCGCCAUUUUGUGAGGCGUGUGACGUCAAAUUCUUUUCCGUGGAAGCGUUCAAGCGACACAUGGUCACAGCGAAACGGCACACCCAGGAAUCUGAGAAUAAGAACGGCUGUCGCCAUUGCGGUGAGUCGUUCAAAACGGAGGAAGAGAAGCGUGCACACGUGCGCUGCGCUCACUCGCGCAAGUACAACAACAAGAGCGACACUCGCACUUGGCCGAUUAAUUGUCCGCAUUGCUCAGAAGAGAUAGCUAACGCGGGUGCGUACUGGGGCCACUUCAGGAAAUACCAUCCAGAUAAAGAUUAUCCCGUAGAGAGGAAUAAUAUUUGUGACGAGUGUGGAAAGGGCUUUAGGAGCAACGCGUUCCUCGUGUACCACAAGCGCACACACUCCGCGGUGAAGGCGUUCAAGUGCAGUGAGUGCGGCAAGGCGUUCCACAACCGCGCCAACCUGCAGACGCACAGCCGCGUGCACUCGGAACAGCGCCCGCACGUGUGCUGCGCGUGCGGCAAGGCGUUCAAGUGCAAGGGGGCGCUCGACCGGCACUCGCGAAGCCACACGGGCGACAAGCCCUACAAGUGCGAGGUGUGCGGCAAGGCGUUCACGCAGUCGAACAGCUGCAAGAUGCACGUGCGCACGGUGCACCUCAAGCAGCCCUCGCCCUACCUCAGCAGGGCGCGACGCGACCGCAGGAAGACCACCGAAACUAAUAUAUUCUGAUUUUGAAAAAGUUAAAAUAAAAUCGGAAAAAUUUUUAUUUUCUCAAAAUAAAUUUAUGGUUUUUA